UUUCCCGCAGUUUGGCGUCCACCGAUUGAUAAAAGAAUUUUAACGCGUUUUUCUAUGUAUUUAGAUCAAUAAAACAUUUCUUUAUCCUAAUGAUUUGUUUUAUAGUGAUGUUUUUAUAAACUUAUUAUGUUGUUUUCGUGAUUGCUUCGAUUCGGUAUUCUUGCUGUGGUGAUUUUUGUAAACAUCGGGAACACAGGCCCCACGUCUAUGACUUCUUAUUGGCAGCAUGGCGGAAAUAGUGUACCCGCAAGGCUGCCGCCCAAUCACCGAUGACCUUGGACCAGACGAGCUCGUUCGAAGACUUAAGGCCCUGGCUCACACCCUCCAGGGUCUGGGUCAGGAUGAGGGCAUGUACCAACAGUACAUACCGCUUGCCCUCCAUUUGGCCGACGAGUUCUUCCUAACGCAUCCCUCCCGCGAUGUCCAGUUGCUCAUCGCUUGCUGCAUCGCUGAUGUACUCAGGGUUUACGCCCCAGAGGCUCCAUAUAAAGAUCAGGAACAGGUGAAAACAAUAUUCCUGUUUCUUAUAAAUCAGCUACAAGGACUCCGAGAUCCAAAGGACCCGGCGUUCAAACGCUACUUUUAUUUACUUGAGAACUUGGCGUAUGUAAAGUCUUUCAACAUGUGUUUUGAGUUGGAAGACUGCCAGGAAAUAUUCUGCGCUUUGUUCUCUCUCAUGUUUAAGAUUGUCAAUACGGAACAUUCAUCAAAGGUCAAGUCUUUCAUGCUGGACGUCCUCUGUCCCCUCAUCACUGAGUCGGACGUGGUCUCCAACGAGCUCCUCAAUGUCAUACUCGUAAACCUAGUGGAGCCAAACAAACGUGAACACAAACACGCCUAUUCGCUUGCUAAGGAACUAAUUGUGAAGACUAGUGAAACAUUGGAACCUUAUAUACAGGCGUUCUUCAAUCAUGUUUUAAUUCUGGGAAAGGAAGAGAAGAAUCUUCUGAUAUUCUCUAAAGUGUAUGAAUUAAUAUACGAGUUAAAUCAAUGUUGUCCUUCAGUACUUCUGUCAGUACUGCCACAGUUAGAGUGUAAACUUAAGUCUGCUCAUUUUCAAGAGCGACUGAGCGCAGUGGCACUACUCGCUAGAAUGUUCUCUGAACCUGGGUCGAAUCUUGCCCAACAAUACCCUGCCUUAUGGCGAGCAUUCUUAGGACGCUUCAAUGAUAUAUCCGUACAGAUAAGGAUCAAAUGUGUCCAAUAUUGCAUGCAUUUCCUUGUUCACCAUCCACAUUUAAGAAAAGAUAUAACUGAAACUUUAAAGUUGAGACAGCAUGAUGCCCACGAACAAGUGCGUUACGAAGUAGUGAUGGCAAUUAUAGCAACGGCCCAGAGAGACUUCCAAGCGGUUGCGGAGUCAGAGGAUCUCCUACAUUUUGUACGUGAAAGGACAUUGGAUAAAAAGUUUAAAAUAAGAAAAGAGGCGAUGUCAGGGCUAGCGAUGAUAUAUAAGAAAUUCUUAACGGAAGAGAGCGUUCCACCGGCCACUGAGAAAGCGGUUCAGUGGAUCAAAGACAAAAUACUUCACGGUUACUAUAUGACGGCUUUAGAAGAUAGAUUGCUGGUUGAGAGACUUUUGAACACAUCACUCGUUCCGUACACACUACCCCCUGCAGUAAGGAUGAAGAAACUGUACUAUUUAAUGUCUAAUGUGGACGAUAAUGCUACGAAAGCGUUCAUAGAACUACAAAAGCAUCAACUGGCAGUAAGACGUACGGUAGCUGAAUGGAUAGAGUUGCAUAGAAAACCCCCAACACCCGCUGUCCAAAAGGAAAUGAUUGCUAAGGUCUUACACAUAAGUUCCAAAUUCCUGCCUGAGUCGGUAAAAGCUCAAGAAUUUUUGAACAAAUUUUCAACUCACAUGCAGUCGUUGCCUGAAUUAUUGCAAGGAAUGGAGACUAUUUUAAAUCCUAACGUCAGUUGCGAAGUUUGUGUUCGGACGACGUCAAAUGUCCUUAAAAAGUUGGGCCAGCCAGUGAUGACUAACUUGUAUUACAACACAGUUAAGAUGCUAUUAGAACGAGUUAGUUCUGUGAUGGUAGAUCACGACUCGCUACUCAUUCUUGUGGGAUAUGUAGAGGGCGCUGUUAGAGGGACGGAUCUUUCUAUAGCUGAGGAAUGCGGUAUCGAUAUCGAGAAGGCAGCGGAGCGCGGACUCAAGCUGUUAGUGAUGCUCUCGUUCGUGUUCCCCGCUCACUUCCUGCACGAGGAUGUAUUGCAUCGCCUCACCUCGCUAUUGGAGCUAGAUGAUGAAAGCGUGGCGCCUCAUAUACUUGCCGCUCUCACUUUCCUUGGGAAAUAUCGUCCGCUGAGUGAAGCGUGUCCAGCGUUAUUUCCGAAACUGAUCACUUUAUGCAAAGCAUAUGCUGAAGUUGGUACACCGAAGCAAGCUAAAAAUGCCGUUAGGUGCCUGUUCGUGAAUGUUCCGGAUCAGAGGACAGCUAUAUUUACGGAGAUCCUGGAGACGCUCAAGAGUACUCUGAGUCCGCAUUCAGAGCACUAUCGCACUGCUAUUGUGACUCUAGGUCACAUCGCUCACAAUUUGCCUGAUAACUUCCCCGUUCACAUCAAGAAUAUUGUCUCGAGAAAGAUCGUAAAAGAGCUGUUAGUCCGUGAAGGAGGAGGUGGUCCAAACGCUCCAGAAGGUGACUGGUGUCCAGAAGAAGAAUUACCAGAAGAGACUCGUUGCAAGCUAGAAGGCCUCAAGUGUAUGGCUCGCUGGUUGUUAGGCUUGAAAAAGGACGAGCUAUCAGCUCAGAAGACUUUCAGAAUGCUUAAUGCGUUCAUUGUUCACAAAGGAGAUUUAUUACAGCAAAUGCAAGUGUCGAAGGCGGAGAUGGCACACUUACGUCUCGCCGCCGGAGCUGCGAUGUUAAAGAUAUGUGAACAGAAGGGUGUCGGAGACCAGUUCACUGCCGAUCAGUUCUACAAUCUGUCGCAUCUUAUGGUGGAUGAAGUGCCACAAGUGCGAGAAGGUUUUGCAGCAAAAUUACACAAAGGUUUAUCAAAGGGUAUACCAAACAAAUGCCUGCCACUAGACUUUAUGGGUGUUUACGCGCUGGCUGGUCGCGAACCGGACAGACGUAUACGAGGCAUCAUACGUCAGUACAUGUUAGCUGAUGUCGUAAGACGUAGAGAGUAUGUGCGGAAUAUAACCAUUGGUACUAAAGUUGAAAGAGCAGUGAGCCAAUUACCCCACAUUUUACCAGACUACAUGAUGGUAUUUGCUGUACCUGUACUGGCUCAUGAUCCUGCAUUCACGGCUUAUGACAACGUAGCACAGCUUAAGGUCGUAAAACAAUGCCUCUGGUUUGUGCUGGAGCCUCUGAUAACACGUAAUGACUUUUAUUGCUACGGUUUCUACAAGAGUCUGGUUGAGAGGAUGAAAAACCACAAAGAUGCUCUCAACGAGACCGAUGACGCUAUGAAUUAUAAAUUGUGGGCGACGUGUGACCUGGCAAUGUCGGUGAUAUGGGCGCGUUCGACGAGCUUCGAGCUCCGUGACUUUCCGACCGACGCCCGAAUCCCUACAAUGUACUUCGCACCCCAGCCCGACUUCUUCAUCAACACGAGGGUCUUCCUGCCGCCCGAGUUGCAGUUCCAACCUAAACGCCAGCCAGUUGCGCCGGAAGUGGUUCCCCGUGCAAGGAAACGUGCCCGAACUACAGACACCCUUGAUAAUGUUAACGACGUAGAGCCAUCAGAGGCAUCAGAGACACAGAUAAUACUACCGGGAAUCGAACAGCCGCCGGAAACCGAAUUAGAAGAGCCUCAAGUGAAACGCGCUAACGACUGAAUUUGUCUAACUCGGGAUGUAUUCUAGUAACUGUCACUUUUUUUUAAUUUUAUUUUUUUAUCUGUGUCCUUUUUAAUUUGACAGGCACUUUAAAUGCCUGUUCUUAAUUUAUUAUUGCCAUCAUCAGUCGCCAUUUUUGUUUUGAAAUUAAAGCUGACUGGCAGUUUACUUUUUUUCUACAUGAUGUAUUUUUCGUCUAUGGUGUACUUGAUAGUUUUCAAUUCUGAAAUAGUUUAGUUGUUUUAUUUUGUAUUUUUUUUUUUUUCAAUUGACGAAUAAAGAAUACAUCCUUAUUACGUAAGGCCCAGACAAACACCCAGUCAGGUAUCAUUACGCUUAAACCCAUUAAGACUGGCUAUUUAUACCCUGAAAGACAAUUACAAACAAGGAAACACAAUUAAUUUCUUUACAUAAAUAACUUCGAAAUUCAUUCGUUCUUCGUUCGUUCGUAGUAACUUUCAAAAUCGUAUAUCAGUUUUUUUAUUUGUUACAGAUGAAAUUUGUAAAAUAAAUACGAUGAUAAUAAAUGAAAUAACGUUCAAAAAUGAAUCCUUUUUGAAUCAUGUUUACUAGUGAUCCGAUUUUUAUUUGUCGGUUCAAAUGUCAUAGAUUUUGUAAUCUGCGAUUGUUUUUGGCGGUACUAAUUAACCUCAUUAAGGUUUUAAAUGAUUUUAUUUUGUAACAUCGUUUUAAAAUCGGGAUUUGAAUAUUGUUUUCAUAAUACUUUUCGUAUACGACCAUUUUGGGAGAUUUGAAACGUUUACCUUUCGUCAUUUAAAAAUAUUAUCUGGUAUUCAAGUAAUAAAUAUACAAAGAAAAAAAGAAUCUUCCAAAAUGGUUACUUGUAGAGAAUAUGUUUUGAAAUAUUUCGACCCAAAUCUGUAAUCCCUACUUAUAUUCUACUUGGACGUCUAAAUAAUGCAUGUUAACUAAAGUAUUAUUACUAAUAUGCCCCAAAUGUUUUGGCACGAGAGUGCAACGCCCUCUAUAAUAUUGUCCCUUUGGGCAACUCUAUUGAAAGUUUAAGUACGUAUUAUCGUAUAUUACGUAUUAUCUGUCUGUUUAGAAGUCUAGAUUAUAUAUUUUAUAAUCGAUGUUAAAGUUAAAUAUAAGUAAGGAUUUAUACAUAUAAUACGGGGGUAAUGACUCACUUGAUAUAUUAUGAAGGAGAACAGUGUAAUAUAGAGUUUGAUUGUAAGUUAAUGAUACAAUGUUUGUUCGCUCGUUGUUUUUAGUUUUUAAUUUAUAAAAUUUCCUGGUCGAUUAAUUUUUUCUUUUUUAUAUUUUUUCAGCCUCAUGGGCCACGCCUUGUGGUCUUGGAAUUUGUGAAUACACAUGAUAUGUCGAUAGUCUGCAUAUUGUAAUGAUCGAUUGGUCUUUCAUUGACAUUUUAAUGGUAUAAAUAUUAAAAACAAUAGUUACUUAUCACAGUGAAUUUUGCAUCGAUGUGUCAUUAUGACGUCCAGAUGUUAUCAAAACUGUCAAAAAUUUGUCAUUGAUCGACCAGUCAGUUUCCAUUGUAAAGCAAUUGAAGUUACAGACUCUCAACAUCGAUUUAUUUAAUAAUAUUUUGAUAAACUAUUAUAAAAUCAUCGAUAGUUUUAUAUAUUCAUGUGUACUCAGUAAUUUUUACAACGGAUCGGUUUUUUUUAAAGUAAUGACACAAAAUUAGAUUUUCUUUCAUAAUUACGUUGGUGGAUAUCAUUGCGUUUUCAUUUUAGACUCUUGUGAUAAUACAAGUUAAUUUUAUUCGGUUUAUUUAAUUUUAAGAUUUGACGGUCGUACGUCUUUAGAGGAAUCGUGAAAUUUUGUAACGCUGUGAAGACGAAUGUGAAUAGUGCUUAAGUUACUAAAACGUAUAGUUAAAUUGUCUACGAUUUUUGUUAGAAAAUGUGUUUUAGAUGGCCCAAUAAUUUUCUUCGUAUGUCAUCAUCGCUUUGAUGUCCACGCACCUCUAGCUCGUGAUAAGUGUACGAUUUUUUAUUAUUAUUUUGUGUCGUUUAACUGAUUUAAGUACCAAAAACUUGGGAGAGCCCGUGAAGGCGUGCGGCACUUCGGUGGACGCAGUGAUGAUUCUCUGUAGUUAUGUAUUAAAAUAAAUAAUAAAAAAUACAUACA